AUGGAGUUCGACGUGAAGUUGCUCAUGACGUUGGUGACAAUAGUCAUCAUCGCAUGGGGACUCACAGGACCUCUCCGCCAACCCUCCAGGAAACAAUCACGGUCUGAAACCUGGACCUUGCGAGUUGACGAUAUCCCCACAAACGAAUCUGGCGUUCUUGCCAGUAAUCUGCAGACCAUUAUCGACCAGGACCAGGCAUUGAAAAACGCUGUUCCUACUCCAAUCUGCUGCAACUCUAUUACGCCGCGAGAUGAUCGCUCCAGCUGUGCUACGGUUUCAAUCACUUCAGCUCUCUCUGCUGAGGAGCUAUGCAUCUUGCUAGAAAAAGCUCUCACCAAGCACUCUUACACUUUUUCGUGCACAUUCGAUGACAUCACCCCGCUCUACGAGGACCCAAGCCGCGUAGACGUUGACAUCAUCGUGAUUCCUGGCCUCGGAUGCAAUGCAAUAGGUUCAUGGAGAAAUAGCAAGACGAAUAAGAUCUGGCUACGCGAUUUCUUACCCCAUGACUUGUCCAACAUAAGAGUUCUUCUUUAUGGAUACGAUACUACGCUGCCGGGCAGCCAUUCUAAACAAUCUCUCGCUGAUCUAGGCAAUGCUUUGAUGGAAACAGUCACUGCUUUUCGGUCCAAAACUCAAACUCUCAGCCGCCCGAUCAUUUUCAUCGGUCAUAGUUUGGGUGGCCUUUUGAUCAAAGAGGCGCUUCUCCUUUCCCGAAGAAAAUUUGGGGAGACAAAACCUACUAUCUCUCGAGCUACCUUUGGGAUCCUUUUCUUCGGCAAGCCUAAUCAUGGCCUUCGGAACGAGCAGCUACGAACACUUGUCGACGGUCAACCUAAUAAAGCUUUUAUCAAUGAUCUCCUCGUGGACGAUGAUUCAGAAGCGUCGGACUUUCUGAAAAGACUUACAGCACAAUUUGCCGAAAACUUUCAGGGAUAUUACCACAUCGUCACUCUCUACGAGCGGUUACUUAGUCCGACCUUGGAGCGUAAUAAAACCGGGGGGUGGUCGAAAACUGGUCGGAGAUGUUUGAUGGUAACGGAACAAUCAGCAACCAACAUCGGAAUAGUGGCUACAGCCGGCGAAGAUAAAAUCCCAAUCAACGCUGACCACUCCGGGCUCGUCAAGUUCAGCUCCAGAAAUGAUGUUGGAUAUUUCGUAGUCCAAGAGAGACUAAGACAACUAGUCGAGGAAACAAAACAACAGGUUUCGCAAAGAUUUGCUGAGUCUGACCUAUACUCCCCUAGUUCAGAAACGCAUCAAGCUUGUUUAAGGUCUUUGGCCUAUGAGGCAAUGGAUAGUCGACUUGAUACUAUCAUUGAGGAAUCUGAUGGUACCUGUGAAUGGCUUGCUAGUCAUAAAAACUUCGUCAAAUGGAGGGAGCAGCACCGAGGUCUCUUGUGGAUCAAGGGAAAGCCUGGAUCAGGCAAGUCUACCAUUAUAAAGUACGCACUUAGGAGACUCUCCAAAGUCUAUGGGCCUGAGACCCAGGUUUUCUCGUUCUUCUUCCAUGCCCGGGGUCACGAGCUGCAGAAAUCUCUGCUUGGCUUCUUCCGAUCCAUUUUGCACCAGAUUCUCCAACUUUUCCCCGGUUUGUUGAAAGAUCUAGUUGAUACCUUUAAUACGAAACGAAUGUCAAUUGGUCAGCCGGGGGAGAAUUGGCACUGGCACCUCCAACCGCUCCAAGAAUUUCUGAAAUUAGGGCUUCCCAGGGUCCUGGAAAGGUUCCCCAUCGUCUUUUUCAUCGAUGCAUUAGAUGAAUGCGGCCAAAGACCUGCCCUCGACCUAAUCGAAUACUUCCAAAGGGUUCUCCAGCAUCUACCUUCAAAGGGCUGCCAAUUUGGUAUUUGCUUCUCUUGCCGCCAUUACCCUAUCAUUCCAGGUAAUGGUGGGUUAGAAGUAGUGUUGGAGGAAGAAAACUAUAAAGAUAUUUCCAUAUUCGUCAAGAGGAGUCUGCUCAUCAACAACAAUAGUUCAAAUGACGAACUCUUCGGUCUGAUUGUUGGGCGUGCGCGAGGAGUUUUCCUGUGGGCCAUGCUGGUUGUGAGAGAAACUUCACGGAUGGCAAUUGAAGGCGAGUCGAUGGCUAAAAUGAAAGCUGAAAUAGCUCGUAUACCACCGGACUUGAAUCCAUUCUAUGAGGAACUCGUCAAGAGCAGCAAGGAUCAUCCCGCAAUGCUGAGACUCAUCCAAUGGCUUUGUUUCUCUGCAACCCCCUUGAAUAUCAAUCAAUUACAGUGGGCUCUGGUUGUUGAUCCCAAGUCUCCACUGAAGACUUUCGAAGAGUACUGCGCAUCUGAGAGUUUCAUCUCAAGCGAUCGGUUUGAGAGCAGGAUCAAGACUCUGAGUUGUGGGCUUGUGGAGGUCAGCUCUAGAACUGCCCAAUUUAUUCACCAGUCGGUGAAGGAAUUCUUUGUUGAUCUGGGGUUGGCUAUUCUUGAUCGGGGAGAGCCAAAUGAGAUUGUUGCAGCUGCUCACUGCCGCAUGUCCCUAGUAUGCAUCCAGUUUAUGAAUGUAUGCUGUAAUGACCCGGGCUUUUUUGGGAGACGAUUGCUCAAACCCCCGCUUCUUGAGUAUGCGGCCAAAAACUGGUCGUUCCAUGCGAUUCCUGGGCAAUAUGCGCGGUGUUUUCCAAAAGAAUUUCUCGAUGUAGUACAAUGGCCAAACGAGAGCCCGCUUCAGAACUUGUUGGGACUGUUGAGGAAAUCGGCUGUUUUUCAAAGUUUUCCACCGAAGACGACUUUGAUGCAUCUUAUAGCCAGAUUUGACCUACAAAAUUUGUUCUUGUUCCUGGCCUCUCCUCUUUGUGGCGAUGCAGCAUUACACCAACCUGGCACAAGCAAUUGUCAUUAUCCACCUCUGCUACACAAUGACGAGCAUGGGUAUGGGACGGUGGCAAAAAGCCUCCCUAUUGAAGAAGCGUACUAUGACUUGAAGGACCGAAUUGGCACGCCGCUUUCUUGGGCAGCAGAGCAUGGAUCUCUAGAAGUCGCUAAGCUACUUCUUAACACCGGUCAAGUUGACGUUGAAACAAGGGAUGAAGUUGGCCAGACACCCCUCUCAAGAGCGGCAAGAUGUGGAUCUCAAGAAGCUGCCAAGUUACUUCUUGAUACCGGUCUAGCCGAGGCUGAGUGGGCAGACAAUAGUGGUCGCACGCCACUUUCGUGGACAACACAAUAUUGGCAGCUAGAAGUUGCCAGGCUGCUUCUAGAUAUCGGCCUAGUUGACGCCGACUCGAGAGAUAAUACUGGCCGCACACCGCUUUCAUGGGCAGCAAAGCGCAGGUCUGUAGCAAUCGCCAGGCUACUUCUCAAUACCGGUCAAGUCAAGGCCGACUCGAGAGAUAAUACUGGCCGCACACCACUUUCAUAUGCAGAAGGAAGGUCUUCAGAAGUCGCUCGGCUACUUAUCAAUACCGGGCAAGUUGACGUCAACUCAAGAGAUGACACUGGCCGCACGCCACUUUCAUGGGCAGCAGAAAGACCUAUAUGUUCUCGUGAUAUAGAAAUAGCCAAGCUACUUCUCGAUACCCACAACGUGGAGGUCGACUCGAGAGAUGCCGCUGGUCGAACGCCUCUGUCGUGGGCUGCAAUUUCGGCAAAUAUAAACGCAGCUAAACUACUGCUUGAUACGGGCCGGGCUGAGCCUGACUCGAGAGACAAUGCUGGCCGUACGCCUCUAUCAUGGGCUAGUGCAAUGCCGGAUGGUGGAAACGAACUGGUGACGAUGCUCCUUGAUACUGGCCGAGUUGAGAUCGACUCAAGGGAUAGUACUGGCCGGACGCCGCUGUCGUGGGCUGCAGCAUCGUCUCAUCUACGGGGUCAAUUUACCAAUGGAGAGUGGGUUCCUCAUUCUUGGCCAAAGGCGUCCCAUAAGAGUGUGGUUGAUGUGCUCCUUGACACGGGCCGAGCUGAUAUCGAAUCAAGAGACAACACUGGCCGGACACCUCUCUCUUGGGCCGCAGGAUCACCCAAGUCAUUGAUAACAGUUACAAUGCUCCUCAAGACAGGCCGGGUUGACGUCAACUCGAGAGAUGACAAUGGUCGAACGCCUCUCUGGUCGGCCGCACAGCAUGGGUCAUGGCUCGUGGUCGAAAAGCUCUUCAAUUCAGGCCAGGUCAGGAUUGGAUCAGAACUCCAAGCCUGUGUUCCGCUUGCUGUUCGAUUCAGUAAGGCAUGGCGAGAAGAGCUGCUAAAGAUGCUUUCGGUUGAAAGCAAGGGUAAAAGUUCUGGACACGAGUAG